AUGGAGGCAAGGUCAAGCCACGCCUCCACCUACCUGGUAUCAGAGCGAGGUUUAAGGAGAUGCCCAUGGAAGCUUAAAGCCUUAAGGGUUAAGGCUCCUCUUCGUCCACUGUUUGAUUACUACACUAGCGCAUCGACCCAAUGGCCGACACCCUCCCUCUCUGGUCGGAUAGCCAUCGUCACUGGCGCCGCUUGCGGCAUGGGUCGUGGUGUUACCGUCCACCUUGCCUCCCUCGGCGCCUUCCUCAUUCUCGGCGACUGCUCCGACUCCCCCAAUUUAGAACAACUUGCCGCCGAGCUCAAUGCCUCCACUGAUCGCCCACCUCGCGCCAUUGCCCUCCGCGUGGACAUCUCCGACGCCGGUGCCGUCAAAUCGCUCUUCGACGCCGCAGAAUCCACCUUAGGUGGCCGCGCUCACAUCAUCGUCACCUGCGCCGCGAUCUGCGACUACGACUACCCAUUCCUGGCUGAAACCUCCGAAGAGGUCUGGGACCGCAUGUUGGCCGUCAACGCCCGAGGGAGCUUCCUUUGCUGCCGGGAGGCCGCGAAUCGGCUGGUCCGCGGCGAAGGGGGGAGGAUCGUGUGCUUCUCGUCCUCGAGGGUGGGCGCGCUACGUCCGGGUUACUCGGCGUACGUGAGUGGAGGGGAGGUAGCCGCCUUCCUUCAAUUGAUCAAGUGCCCCAUCGAUAAUAAGGUUGAAUAG